GCCAAAUGGAGUACAGCUCUGAGCUGGCUGUAAGCUGGAUCAUCACUCGUAGCUGAUUUUUUUUUAAAAAACCUUGUCUUUCUCUGUCUUGUGUAUUGUUUUUCUGACAUUAUUGUUAAUGCUCUGAAGCAUCAUCCAAACUCUCUUCUGAUAGAGGAUCCUAAGUGCUUGAUUUUCCUAUGCUACGAAGAGAGAAAGAGAAAGCAAGAGUGAAAAACUACAAAAAUAAAUUGAGCACAUUGAAUAAUGCCAGCGCAGAAGAUGGAGUGGGAACUGUUAGUAUUAGUUGCAUGUGAAGUCAGUGAAGAGAUAUUCACAAACCAAGAGGUUCAGGACCGAUUUGAAGCCCUUUUCCGGGUUUAUGAUGAACAUGCCACAUUCCAAUUAUUCCAAAGUUUUCAGAGAGUACAGAUAAAUUUCAGCAAUCGUGAGGCAGCUGCACAGGCACGAAUAGAACUUCAUGAAUCGGACUUCAAUGGCACCAAACUCAAACUUUAUUUUGCACAGGUCCAGAGUACCCAAGAUCAGGCCAAGAAUGCAUACUUGGCCCCGCCUCCACCUGUGAAGCAGUUCCUCAUCUCCCCUCCAGCCUCUCCGCCAGUAGGGUGGCAUCCAAUUGAAGAUGCUACUCCGACCAUUAACUAUGACUUGCUGCGUGCAAUUGCUACUCUUGGUCCAGGUGAAAAGUACGAGGUCCACGCAGGAACGGAAUGCACUCCGAGUGUUGUAGUUCAUAUCUGUGAGAGUGAAAAUGAAGAUGAAGGUGCAGUUAAGCUGCCAAAGCAAAAAAUUGUUCAAACAAGGCGACCAGAUAGUGUGCCAGCAGGGAAGAAAUGAACGUCCUGACUGCCUGCCUUCUGUGACCAGAUCAUUUUCCACAGCAACAAUCCAUCAGCUGUCUCUUGUUUUCUUGAGGACUGUUUUUAAAAAAAAAGUUGAAACUUCGGUGAUUGCCUAAUUAAAGAACAACUGUAAGGACUCCAUUCUUUGUGGUGUUGAAGCUUUAUUUCAUUCCCAUGCAGAAUAUUGAGGCUUCAUCAAUAUAAGUUGGCUGAUAGGGGAAUGAAAUGGCAAAAUGGUUUGUGGGUUGCUCCCCCCCUUCUCCAAAAAGCUUCAAAUCCAUAACGCUGUUAUCCAGCUUCAGUGUUCAAUGAGAGCUGUACUUCAGCACUUAAAAGAUGCGGGAUAUGUAAAUGUUGCUAUUGUCUCUUACUGCAGUAUUGUUAUCACUGUUCUUGUACGUGCAUGUGUGUUUUUGUAUGUUAUUUUGAACAAAUAUUGACUACAUAAGAGGGAAGUAAAUACUCUGGCAUCUGUGUUCUUCUAAAACUUCUUGCUAAUUACAUCGUGAGUGACUGGGAUGACAGAUAUGAGGCAUUCUUCACCCACAUCUUUCCCUGCUGUCUCCUUCCAUUCUCUCUCUGCUCUCCUCACCCAGUCCACAACAUUGCAGAGAUGAAAUAUAUAAUACCGCUUGCUUUUGCAGUGGAGAAGUUAUAAGCUUUGUGCCGUUUGUGCUUGCAUGUCUUCUGUCUUUGUCUUCUAUAAGGUCAGUUUACUGGCUGAAACAAAACCAAAAAAAAGUACGGGAAAGACACAGCUGUGAGCACUUCAAACUUUAUUUACAAGUUGAACCUAGACAGUGUUGCUCUGUUAAAAAGAUAAUGGUGAUUCCUAUCCAUUCAAUGAUGCUUGCUGAACAAUAAUGAUGAGUGAUUUUGUCUCAAGGUGACAUCCUGAAACAAAUCUUACUGAUUUUUACAAUUGUCAAAGAUAACUCGAUGUGUUGCCUGAGCAUUACAAUUUCACAUUAAAUUUCCAGAGCUAAUGAACAGAUUUUGCUGAUAAUGAAUUACUUGCCACAAUAUGUCACUUACUUUAUUAAUAUAUGUUUACUGUUGGGUAACUUCUGGUAAAAUAUCUUUGAUAACCUAUGAUAAUUAUCGCAUUAGAAAAUGAACUGUUCCAAAAAUCUGAACUAAAUAACAUAAAUAAUGCAACAGUGCAGAAUCUAAAUCUGAGAUUUAGUAAAUCUACAUAAUUUCAACAUUAAGGAUAUGAAUGAAUUUCUAGGUAAUGAUCUACAGAGUUACAUUUAAACUACAUUUUGAAUAAAAUUAAUUUUUUAAAUUUUUAAUUUAGUUAUAAUAUUAGCAUCUCUAUAAAUGCAUGUUCUUUUUCUCAAAUGAUUAAUGAACCACGCUUUCAGGUUGAGUUAUAUGUAUCACAGAUUUAUGCCUUAGAUCUAAUUGCAAGAGCUUUUAAACCUUGAUCCUAAUUAUAUUUAAGCAUGACACCAUAGUCCAGACCAAGAUUCUUGUCCAUAAUGAGCUAACUUGUAAGUAGAGACUUAAACCACACUUCUGAGUUUUAAAUUAUUACCAAGAUUAAAAGUUUUAACCAAUAUAUUAAAUGAAUAACUCUUCUGAAUGGCCAGAUUGUACAAGCCUAUGCAGCCAUAAAUUUCAUCCCCUUUAUGCUGAAUUAGAUUUGUUUUCUGCAUGCCUGUAUUAUUCCACAGUAAGACCACCAUAUGCACUAAGCACAAGAAGAAGGUACCAUUAAUCUGUAAAAUUUAAAACAUUCUUCUACAUUCCUAUAUCUCAGAGAAAACUUACCGUGCAUCCCUAUAAAAACUUCUUUAAUCAUAAAGAAAAUUGGCAGAACCUGAACAGAUGCCAAUAAAUAAAAGCAUUAAUUACAAACCAAAUUGAGACAAUCUGACCUGCGGCUAUCAGCAUAGCUCCAUUUUGGCUAAAUAUUUCUAUCUAAAUAGAUUGAGAUUGAAACAUUACUGUUCAGGGAAAUGUGGUCAAUGUCAAUAACAAAGAAACUGCAAACUUGAGGCAGAUUGCAUUGAAUUUAUCCAUAGUGCAGUGUUACCCCUGGUCGUUAGGUACUAGUUGUCAGGAAUAUGCUGCAGUUGCUUUGGUUCUAGCUUGGAGAAGGUACAUGAAAUAUAUUUGGAAUGAUGGUAUGGAAGUAUGUUUAGUCUUUUCUCCCAGUAAAUCCAGUGUAAAAUCAAUAAUUUAAUGCGUUGAUGAUUACAACCAUGUGCUAAUAUGAGCCCAAUGGCUGCAAUACUAUUAAUUGAUUAUCCUUUUAAAAGAAAUUAAAUUUGAAGAUUCAGCAGAUUAGAAGGCUGCAUUACAUGAUCUGUAUUCAUUUAUCUCUGAAACUAGAAAAGGUUCUUUGUAAUUAGGAAAUUUGGAUCAACAUUAAUUAAAAUAGUGAUUGGGAGAAAAAUUAACACCUAAGCUAAUAAAUGUUAUCAAUUGAACAAAG